CCUACCUGAAGGCUCCUAUGCUUACAUCCUGUUUAAUCAUCUUCAUCAUGUCCUCAACAGCGAUCCCUGUGUCCAAUCCAGAGCGGAUUUCCGGCCUUCCGAGAAACGCAGCGCUCUUCCGCAAACUGGCAAGGCCUCUGCGCGAGUUCUAUGACACAAUCUACGUGCCUGGGUUUUGGAAGGCUAUGUUGCAUGUCUGUGACUUCACCAAACUUGAGGACUUUGUGCAGCAGCUGGAACUGAGUGCCAUGAACAAGGAGGCCUUCGAGGUCAAAAUAGAUACCGUCAAUAAGAUCUUCAGGGACUUGGAAAUAUCUUUUGUGGGGGGUCUGAGCCGUGCUUCCGCGGAGCGUCUGGCUAUGUGGAUUUGA